UGCUUAGGAACCGGGGACCCAGGAGUGCCCGCACCCUGAGCUCUCAGCUCCGGAGGCGUCAUGGCCGAGUACGGGACUCUCCUUCAGGACCUGACCAACAACAUUACCCUUGAAGAUCUGGAGCAGCUCAAGUCAGCCUGCAAGGAGGACAUCCCCAGCGAGAAGAGUGAGGAGAUCACUACAGGCAGUGCCUGGUUUAGCUUCCUGGAGAGCCACAACAAGCUGGACAAAGACAACCUCUCCUACAUUGAGCACAUCUUUGAGAUAUCCCGCCGUCCUGACCUACUCACUAUGGUGGUUGACUACAGAACCCGUGUGCUGAAGAUCUCAGAGGAGGAUGAGCUGGACACCAAGCUAACCCGUAUCCCCAGUGCCAAGAAGUACAAAGACAUUAUCCGGCAGCCCUCUGAGGAAGAAAUCAUCAAAUUGGCUCCCCCACCAAAGAAGGCUUGAGCAAAGGGGAGGAAGAGGAGGAAGGUUGGAUCUUCAUCAGACCACUCCCUUCCCCAUCCUCAAUGGGAGGGGCUAGGGCAACCCCCUGCCCCGUACCCACUUACUAACUUGGUCCUAACCCCCUUACUAUGCGCGUGUGUGUGCGUGUUCACACGCUCUGGCUGUCUGUCUGUCUAGCUCAUCUAGUUCCUCCUCCUCGUGAGGGGACUGGAGUCGGGAGGGGGGGGCUUAAUUUCCCCACUAUAGGGGGAAGUGGAAGCUAUUUCUAUGUAAAUAGAAAUGGGCACAUUCCUCCUUCUCCCCUCCCCUCCACUCUUCCCGCAUUUUCCUACACUGAGGAGCUAAGGUUAAGAUGAGGUAUGGGAGAGAUGGUGAGAGUUAAAACCAAUGGGGAAGGAAGGUAAGAGGCUACUCAGCCUCUACCUGGAAGGGGAAAGAAAACCCAGAAUUCAGGGUUUGUAGAUCUAUGCUGGACUGGCUAGAAUCCAGUUUCUUGUUAUUCCUUAGGCUGAAGUCCUAAGAGCCAAUAGGCCCUCUUUUAUGCCCUUGUCAUGGGCCUGGGAUGGGUAUGAGCCAGAAAUCUUAAUGAGAAGACCACUAGAGCCUUUCCUGGCCCCCAAAAUCAAACCCCAUGGAGAAGCCAGCAUUUGAUGUCCCCAACUUCUGCUCUGGAGAGACUAUGCUGGGACCAUGUACUACUGAGCCUGAGAUAGGGAUGCAGGUGGAGACAGGCCCAACUUCUACUCCUUUAUUCCUAAAUACAGACUGUUGAAUAUACUGACCCUGAGCCUAAGGAGGUUUGGGGGAAUGAGAUCUAUAGGUUUUAACCUCAACCUGCCCAUACCUACAGGGUCCCAAUAUGGAUAUUGUAGGUAACCUUCACACCAGUCUCCAGUUUAGAAUACCCCAAGCAAGAAAGAAGUUAAUCAUAGUGGUUUCCUUUGCACCUAUUACCACCCCAGUUCAAUCCAGGAAGGGACUUGGUUAACCUUUCUCAUUUGGGUUUGUGGAUGCCUCCAAGCCAAGUCACUAGAGUACAGUGAGUGAACCCAGCCUCCUACCUGUCCCAAGAUGCCCUUCCCCAUCUUGACCGUGCUAACUGUGUGUACAUAUAUAUUCUACAUAUAUGUAUAUUAAACCCGCA